AUGCAAGGUAACCAGGAUAUUACUUUAAAACGGAGAAGAACGAGUGAAGGUGAAACGCCUAAACCAGAUUCAAAGAACCACAAAGUGGCUGAUAAUUUAGAAGAAGACUCAAAAGUGACAUUAUAUGACGAAUUGUCAAUAGGUAUCUCAGCAGAGAGAGUCCGAAUUAGUGAAGUAGUUAACAAUGUGAGGCGAUUAGAAGACAGAAUAUCAGUAGUGGAGAAAAGUGUUCAUGAACAAUUAGAGAGACGAUGUACUAGAUACAUAGCCGAUUAUGAUUUAGUGUGUCUAAGUGAAACUAAAACUAACUCAUUGGAUUUAAUUGAAAUUGAUGGUUUCAGAGCAAUACUGAAAUCUAGAAAGAGUUGUAAGAGGCGUGCAGGUGGUGUUGCUUUACUUGUUAAGGAGGAUGUUUUUGACUAUUUGAAAUUAUAUAAAACUGAUGAUGACUUCUCGCUGUGGUUCUCACUGGAAAAUAGUCCUUUUGGACAAGAAUUACUAUUCUGUAUUGCCUAUAUUCCUCCGUGUAAUUCUAGCUAUAGUUCGUCUCAAAUGUUUGAUUCAUUGGAGGAGAAUUAUAUUUGUACUAGUCAAACUAAAUUCUGUCUAAUGGGAGACUUUAAUGCUAGAUCUGGUGAAAUAAAUGACUUUCUUAUAAACGAAGAUUUUGAUGACAGAUAA